CCCCUCCCCCCCUACACCCCGUUUUUUUGGAGGGGGGACCCCCUCCGAGAAAAGGGGGGGGAGGACUUUCCUGCAGUUCAGCUCCAAUUCCGUCCUUGCCUGUCCCCACCCCGGCAUCCUCCAAGAGGGAGAGAAAGAGAGCCAGAGAGGCCCACAGGCCACCCCCACCUCCCCCCGCCCCCGGCAGAGGGGCGCCCCCUCCUCACUGUCCCCCCGCCUUGCACCGAGGGCAGCUUUGGGGGAAAAGGAGGCAGGAGAGGCUUCGUAGGGGCGCAGGGUGGUGGUCUCCGGGGGCGACCCGAGGCCCGGACAGUGCAGGAGGGAGGGUCCGGGGGUGGGAGAGGAGCAGGAGGAGAAGGGAAGCCCAGAGGACCCCCCCCGACCUCCAGCGGGGUCCAUGCUAAGACCCCCCCCCCCAUCCUCACCCACCCACCCAACCCCAUCCCGGUUGGAUGACCUGAAGGCCUUCGUGCUGCGCCGCCCAUGACCGGUGACCCCCAGCCCCCCGGCUUGGCGGCCGACCCCGGGGCCGUCCCCACGCCCCCGGGUCCUCCCGACCCCCCGACCUCCCUGGCGAGCAGCAGCCCCGGCUCGGACGACUGGGGCAAGGGGCGGGCCGGGGACGGCGGCUCGCUGGGCAGCCCGCUGGACAGUGGCAUGAGGACGCCUCUCUGCAGGAUCUGCUUCCAGGGGCCCGAGCAGGGGGAGCUGCUGAGCCCGUGCCGCUGCGACGGGUCGGUCCGGUGCACGCACCAGCCCUGCCUCAUCAAGUGGAUCAGCGAGCGCGGCUGCUGGAGCUGCGAGCUCUGCUACUACAAGUACCACGUCAUCGCCAUCAGCACCAAGAACCCGCUCCAGUGGCAGGCCAUCUCCCUGACCGUCAUUGAGAAGGUGCAGAUCGCGGCGGCCAUCCUGGGCUCCCUCUUCCUCAUCGCCAGCAUCUCCUGGCUCAUCUGGUCGACCUUCAGCCCCUCCGCCAAGUGGCAGCGCCAGGACCUCCUCUUCCAGAUCUGCUACGGGAUGUACGGCUUCAUGGACAUGGUGUGCGUAGGGCUGAUCAUCCACGAGGGCCCGUCGGUCUACCGGAUCUUCAAGCGCUGGCAGGCCGUCAACCAGCAGUGGAAAGUGCUGAACUACGACAAGGCCAAGGACCUGGAGGACCAGAAGUCGGGCGGCAGGACGCACCCCCGGGCCUCCUCGUCCGCCCGGCCCAACCCCUCGGCCCCCGCCGCCGCGACGGCCGCCGAGGGGGCCCCGGCCCCGGCCUCCGGGGCGACCCGGGCCCCCGGCCCCGCCUCGGGCCCCCUGGCCGACCACCACUGUGCUUACACCAUCCUGCACAUCCUGAGCCACCUGCGGACGCACGAGCAGCGCGGCCCUCCGGGCGGCCGCCGCGAGCUCGUCAUGAGGGUGACCACCGUGUGACGGGCGGGGCCGCCGCCGGAGCCGAACCCGCCGG